UUCAAUGGCUCCAACAGCGGCGAAGGAAGAGUGGAUGUCUUGUACUGUGGAUCGUGGAUGACCGUUUGUGGGCAGUCGUGGGAUCUACGGGCUGCAAGGGUUAUUUGUAGAAUGCUCGGAUUCGAAGGGGCUUUGGAUGCGCCAAAAACUGCUAGGUAUGGCCAAGGAUCUGGUGAUACGCUUUUUGCCCGUUGCUGGGGAACAGAGGAGAGCCUGGGAGACUGUUUUUACAUUGGGAUCCAUUCUCUUUGUGGACAUCAAUGGGAUGCAUCCGCUGUGUGUUAUUCAGGAGCUAAUCCAUACCAAUUACAAGUUCGCCUUGCCGGUGGAUCUGACGAUGCUGAAGGCAGAGUAGAGGUACUGCAUGACGGGUCCUGGGGUACUGUAUGUGAUGUGUGGUGGGAUCUUAGAGACGCUAGGGUGGUUUGCAGGACGCUUGGGUUUGAUGGAGCCCUUGAGGCACCGGGAUCUGCGAGGUUUGGUCAAGGUUCCGGUCGAGUUCUGCUGAUGUAUGUCAACUGUGAAGGAACUGAAAACAACCUAGCGGGCUGUGCACAUGCUGGGAUUGCACGUUACCCAUGUAUGCAUUCGAGGGAUGCAGGAGCCGUAUGUUACUCAGGAGAUCAAUCAUCUCCCUUCCAAUUAAGGCUGACCGGUGGAGGAAGUAAUGCUGAAGGCACAGUAAACGUUAUGCAUAAUGGAUCCUGGGGAACUGUAUGCGACUUAAAUUGGGAUCUGCAUGACGCCCGGGUGGUUUGUAGGAUGCUGGGGUUUGAUGGAGCCUUGGAGGCACCGAAAUCUGCUAGAUUUGGUCAAGGAUCUGGGAGAGUUCUUCUUAACUGGGUCGAAUGCGAUGGAUCAGAAGACAAUCUUGCGGACUGCUCGCAACCAGGAGUUGGGGAUUAUACUUACUGUGGUCAUAAUAAAGAUGCAGGAGUCGUCUGCUUCAUUGAAGUUCGACUUGCAGAUGGAGUCAGUGAAAAUGAGGGAAGGGUAGAGAUUCUCCAUGAAGGGUCUUGGGGAACUGUAUGUGAUGAUUUAUGGGAUCUGGAUGAUGCUACCGUUGUAUGCAGACACUUAGGAUUUGAGGGAGCCCUGGCUGCGUUACCCCAGGCUCACUUUGGUGAGGGUUCUGGUGAUAUCUUUUUGGAUGGUGUUCAGUGCAAUGGAUCAGAAGUCAACCUCAAAGACUGUAAUCACAGCGGAAUAAGUAUACAUGAUUGUGCACAUAAAGAGGAUGCCAGCGUCAUAUGCAGAAAUACAGUUACGGCAUCACCAUAUCUGUUUCCAAGGGAAAUCUAG